GCUGAAGUGUUGGCCACAGUCUGCCAUUCAUCGGCUGCAAGUAUGCUCCGGUUCGCUCGGCCGCUGUCCAAGGCCACGCGAGUGUCUGCUACGCGCGUUCGAUCGCAUUACCCUUCUCUACAACUCCUGGCAGUGCCAACAGCGGUUCUUACCAGCUCUAACUCUGUCUACAAGCCAAGUUACGCCAAUGUAACCCUCCGCGUACCCGUCCAACGUUCAUUCUCCUCUACAGCAGUCGAGAAGGAAGUGCAGAGCGUGAAGUGGCCAUCCGAUUUAGCCAAGCGCGUACACCGGCGUAUGCGCCAUUUUCCACGUAAUUACGAAGCCAAGGAGCUCGCAGUGGAAGCUGGUAUGAACCAGACCGAAUGGGCCAUCGCCGCCGCCAGUUUCCGCAAAUCCUUCCUCUCAGAGCCGUCCAAGUACUUCGAAGACCAAGAGGAACUCUUAGCCUUUGUUCGGGACCUGGACGACGUCAAGCGCCACAAUUCCUUCAUCUUCUACCCGUAUUUUGUGGACUAUGCCAAAAGCAAUAGCUAUUUACCCACAGACCAAGAUAACGACAACGUACUGUCUCUCCAGCAGCUCACAGACUUGAGACUGCCACACGAAAUGUAUCCAUAUGCAACAGCAAUGAAGAGGAAGAUCAUUUAUCAUGAAGGACCGACCAAUAGUGGUAAGACCCACCAGGCUCUGGAGAGAUUGAAGCAGGCAGGAGAAGACGGAGGCAUCUACUGUGGUCCACUGCGUCUACUAGCGCUCGAGAUCUUCGAGAGGAUGAACGCAGACGGCCUGUACACGUCCCUAGUCACUGGACAGGAGAAGAAGCUCGUGCCUUACUCCACGCACGUGUCGUGUACAGUGGAGAUGGCGAACAUCAAUCGGCCGUGGGAUGUGGCGGUGAUCGACGAGAUCCAGUUGAUCGGCGACCCGCAGCGAGGUUGGGCCUGGACCCGCGCUCUCUUCGGCCUUCAGGCAAAGGAGAUCCACGUCUGUGGCUCGGGUGAAGCUGUGCAUCUGGUCAAGAAGUUCGCAGAGACUACAGGCGACGACUUUGAGCUGCGUUCGUACGAGCGUCGAUCGCCGUUGGAGAUCGCUCCGAAGCACUUGGGAUCAUACAGUCACAUCCGAUCAGGCGACUGUGUCGUGGCCUUCUCACGUCGUGAUAUCUUCCAGAUUAAGCGGGAUAUCGAAAUUAAAACCGGUCAGAAAUGCUGCAUCAUCUACGGCCAACUCCCGCCAGAGACGCGGUCGCAACAGGCUCGACUUUUCAACGACCGGAACAAUGAUUUUAACAUCUUGGUGGCUUCGGAUGCCGUCGGAAUGGGACUCAAUCUCAACAUCAGACGCGUAGUGUUCGCCACGGUCAAGAAAUACUCAGGUAGCAGCGGUGGGAUGAUCGAUAUCCCGCCUUCCCUGGCUAAACAGAUCGCUGGACGGGCAGGUCGAUACGGAAGCGACUUUGCAUCAGGUGAGGCGACGUGUCUGCUGGAAGAAGACUUGGGAUACCUCAAGGAAUCGUACGACGAAGUGCCGACGCCACUGACGUCGGCAGGCCUCUUUCCGUCCUCGGAACAGAUGGAAGAGUUCGCGAAGCAGUUGCCAGGAAUUACAGAUCUGGCCGAUCUAGUGGACAAGUACGUCAUGUUGGCGCGUCUGGAUGGUGACUACUUUAUGUGUAACCAUCAGGAUAUGAAGGAUGCGGCCACGUUGUUACGCGAUACGGAGCUUACUCUGUCGGACCGGUUUACGUUCUGUAUGUCGCCUGUGAGUCUGCGUAACCCUCUGGCUCGUAAGGUGUUUCUAGAGUACGCGCGUGCCCACUCGUUGGGUCAAAGUGUCAAGCUGGAUAUCUAUUUGCCAAAGUAUGCCCCUCGCACAGCCGAAGCUCUGGGAGACGUGGAGAUUAAGGCCAAGAUCAUUGAUCUGUACUUGUGGCUGUCCUUCCGAUUCGAGGACACGUUCGUGGAGAAAGAUUUGGCGUUGGAACUGAAGACAAAAGUGCUGGAGUUGGUGGAACAAGGGCUCGUGAAUACCACGUACAACCGAGAAGAGAAGAAGACGCGGUGGUCCAGUGGCGCGGCUAAUGGGCGACGUUCUGCUCCACGAGGUCAGUUUGAUGUGGAUCGUUUUCGAAAGCACAUGAAGGACGGCAGUACGCGAGGCAAUAGAAAGAACUGGAGGAAUGACAACUCCAAUCGUCAGGAGCAAGAGCCGGCCUCUGAGCGUGAGAAUAUCCAGAGUGACGUGGCUAAGGGCUCCGAAAAGGACAGUGGUGAGACCGCUGGAGGCAAGAAGUCGUGGCUUUCACAGGUUUUUGGCAGCUAAGAAGAAGAACGAGGGAAGAUAGAGGCAUUUGUAUCUAGAGUAUUUUCUUAGAAUCGAGAUGAUCUUUGCAGUAUGAUUUGGGUAAAGCCUCUGAUUUUUGGAUGGCAUUAUCGUAAUAUCUCAGAUUAUACCC